AUGAUGUACACCAUCAUCUUUAACAUGUGCAACCAGAAGCCCCCUGAUGAUCAUUCUGGUCGGCUGUAUGACAAGUACAGGGAAAUAGUUCAAGAAUACAUCAGUUCAAUGGUACUUCCUUCAUUAAGAGAGAAACAUGGUGAGUUUAUGUUGCAGGAACUUGUGAAGUGCUGGAUGAAUCAUAAAGUCAUGGUUAAAUGGCUUUAUCGUUUUUUCAAUUAUCUUGAUCGUUAUUUCGUCUAUAAGUGGAAUCUUCCAUCAAUUAAUGAAGUUGCACUAACUUGUUUCCGUGACAUGGUUUAUGAGGAGUUAAAGGGUAAAGCCAAAGACGUUGUCAUUGAUCUUAUCAACCGAGAACGAGGAGAGAUGAUUGAUAGAGCAUUGCUAAAAAAUGUUAUUGAUAUAUAUGUUGAAAUUGGGAUGGGUCAAAUGAACUACUAUGUAAAUGACUUUGAAAAUGAUAUGCUUGCUGCAACUGCUGCUUAUUAUUAUCGAAAAGCAUCAAACUGGAUUAUGAAAGAUUCUCGUCCUGACUAUAUGUUGAUGGCUGAGUAUUGUUUGAGAAAAGAGAAGGAGAGAGUCUCUCAUUAUCUGCAUUCAAGCAGUGAGCCAAAGCUCUUGAAGAAUGUACAAAAUGAGUUGUUGAUUAUAUAUAGCAGUCAAGUGCUUGAGAAAGAGUAUUCUGGAUGCAGCUCUUUGCUUAUAGUUAAUAAAGUGUUUGAUUUCACACCAAGGAUCAUGACCUGAUUUUAGGACAUGUUGGUAAUUAUCCAUUUCAUGAUAUCACUUGAUACCAGUUGGAUGAUCUCGUGUGGAUGUUUAGAUUUUUCAUAAAGGAUUGGGUCCCGUUUUAUGAUUAAUCGGAUUGCCAAUCAUGGAAUCUACUUAACUCUCACUGUUGUCACUACCUACAGAAAUGGCUGAUAUCAAGGCAAUUGAGAAAAAGGUAGAAGAUAGAUAGAUACCUGAAAGCAUCCCAAUUUUAUAAAAACUUGGGUUGAUAGUUGAUACGCAAAGCUGUUCAUCUAUGCAAGGGGCAUAAGGUCGGAAGCAACCCCGGCAGUGGACACAUCAGCUCUUUUUGCCACAUCAGCAAUGAUGCGGAUGGCAAAAGAUGGAAUGACAUGCACACACAGGUAACAAGAUGACGAUGGUGGCACUACAUCUCUCUUGUUGAGCCAGUGAAAUGCAAGCAAUCCUACCCAAAUACUUGAUCAAUAAAAACAUAAUUCGCCCUUGUUGACCCUUCUCUAUUCUUGGUGAUGUGUUUUUGGAUUAGACACGCCAACACUGCAGGAUCUCAAGACGAAAACUAAUUGUGGUAAUGUAUGCUUGCUAAAUGUAACAGGUUUCGAGAGCUUAAGCUGAAUUAGAACCAGGGUAAUUUGGUGUUGAAUCAAAAGGCUUCCGAUGUAAGGAUCUAGUGAGAAGAAGUUUUGAUGUUCAUACCCAUUGAUGGCUUCAAUUUGUCUAAAUCUGUAAACAAUAAUAGAUUGAGGGUGAAAAUACCUUAUUGAUUGUGGUAAAUAUAAGUUACAUUAUGUGGUUAAUUAAUUGUGGUAUUAUAUUAUGGACUAUUAUAUCAUUACUUGUUAAACUUUGAGCUUACCCAUUGUCGUUGAUGGCAUAUAUUAUAAGUUCAGUUAUGGUUAGCAGAUGAGUGCAACUGUAAAAGAUUAUGUUUGAGAGAUAAGAAGAUUUGGUAAAGGCUAUUGAGUUAUA